AUGGUCGUCGAUACAACAUACUAUGACCUUCUAAGCAUUGAAACUACAGCAACGUCGCUUGAUAUCAAAAAGGCUUAUAGAAAAGCGGCUAUCAGAUUGCAUCCAGACAAAAACCCAGAUGACCCAGAUGCCGCUGCAAAAUUUCAAGAGGUGGGACAAGCUUACCAGGUGUUGAGCGAUGAGCAGUUGCGUCGCAAAUAUGACAAGUAUGGAAUACAGGAGUCUAUACCUCUGGAGGGAUUUGAGGACCCAGCUGAAUUCUUUUCGAUGAUUUUUGGUGGCGAAGCGUUUAAAGACUGGAUUGGAGAAUUAACAUUGCUACUGGAGUUGUCAAAGACUGCAGAAUUAUCUGAAACGGAGAAAAAGGGUGAAAAGGACAGUAAGGGAGAAGAUUUGGAAAGUGAAGCAACACCCUCUGGUGAACAGAAGAAAUUGUCACAUGCUGCUCAUGAGGAAUCUCUGAGUACCGAAGACGAAGAAAAGCGUAAGAAAGAAGAGUUGGAAAAGUUUGAGGAGGAAUGUCGGGUUAAAAAAUUAGAGACAAGAGCAGAACUUGCCAAAAAGCUUGUCGAUAAGUUGUCGUUACUUACUGAGACGGAUAUGAAAGAUGAUGUUAUUGAAUCGUUCAAAGCAAAAAUGAUCUAUGAAGCUGAGUCACUAAAGAUGGAAAGUUUUGGGUUAGAAAUAUUACAUACAAUGGGCCACGUAUACAAAAGCAAGGCAAAGAUAUUUUUGAAAAGUCAAACAUUUUUUGGCUGGGGAGGAUUAUGGCUGUCUAUAAAGGAGAAAGGUGGUGUGGUAAAAGACACGUUUAGGACAGUAUCAGCGGCAUUGGAUGCACAGAGAACUAUGGAAGAGUAUGCCCAGAUGCAACAAGAUAAUGAAUACCAUGCACAAAAGGAAAAGGAGGAGGAAGAAGCGAAGCAUAAAGCUGAGCAGGAAAUGGAAAAGCUUGAAGAGGAAUUGGAAGAGGUACAGAGACAGAAAGAAGAGGAACCAAAAGAUGGUGAGUCGGCUGCUGCUGAUGGAAAGAAGAAAGCGCAGGUUGAACCCCCAAGUCACACUCCUGAGGAAUUGGCGGAAAUGGAAAAAUACUUACUAGCCAAAGUUCUUGCUGCUGCUUGGAAUGGUUCAAAGUUUGAAAUACAGGGCACCUUGAGAGCCGUAUGUGAUGCAGUUUUGGAAGAUGAGGGUCUAAUGCUCACUGAAAGAAUAAAUAGAGCUAAAGCUUUGAAAUUGAUGGGUGAAGUGUUUUGUACAGUUACAAGGACAGAGCAAGAAGACGAAGAGGCUCGAGUGUUUGAAGAGCUUGUUGCAGAAGCAGGUAAAAAGAGAGAGAAGAAGAAGAAGAAACCAAAGGACGUAUAG